GUUGCUCAUGCAUUCAAAGUAAGGAGCUUACUCACAACUAUAGAGAGUAAUUUCUCCGUUUUCUCUUAUUCAACCACCUGAAUAUUGAUUAUUUCUUAUUUCCUGGCUAUUUAAGGCUUCUUAUAUACACCUCAUAUAUACAAUGUCCAUCCACCACCCCACCAUCGCUGUCUCAGCUCCUGGCAAGGUCUUCCUCGCUGGCGGAUACCUCGUACUGGACCAGGAGUACACGGCUUUUGUAUUCGGCCUCGACGCUCGUAUCAACAUCAUCGCUGGAGACAUUCACACGACUGCUGGAGUUCAGCUCACUGAGAUUGUGGUUGACAGUCCGCAAUUUCUGGAGGCACAAUGGCGGUAUGGUUAUCACCUGGCUGGUGAGGGAGGUGGUAUCAAAGUUACUCAGUUGCAGGUCAGUGGAGCUCAAAUCAACCCCAAUCCCUUCGUGGAGACAACUCUCAGCUAUGCACUCACCUACAUCGACCGAGUGGCCAAGCAGCGUCCCAGCCAUAGCAUGGCAUCUGCUCGUCUCAUCAUCCUCGCAGACAAUGAUUACUACUCUCACUCAGAAUCCGAGAGCACACAUCAAGGGCGCUUUGCCAAGUUCCCUGUGACCUUGGGUGAUGCCAACAAGACGGGUCUUGGCUCAUCUGCUGCUCUCGUCACUUCACUGACUGCUGCUCUGCUGGCUCACUACCUACCGGAAGAUCUCUUUAAUAUUCAGUCUGACCAGGGCAAGAGGACGCUUCACAACUUAGCCCAGGCUGCUCACUGUGCUGCGCAGGGCAAGGUCGGUUCGGGUUUCGAUGUUGCAACGGCUGUCUAUGGAUCUUGCAGAUACAGACGCUUCUCUCCCGAGACACUGUCUUCAAUUCCCGAGCCUGGUGCAGCUGGAUUUGCGGAUGCGUUGGUCAAGCUCGUUGACGGCAAGUCUGCUUGGGAUGUAGAAGUUCUCAAGGAUGCAGUCAUUAUGCCCAAGGGAGUUGUUCUGCGUAUGUGCGAUGUGGACUGUGGAAGUAAGACGGUUGGUAUGGUCAAGAAGGUUCUCAAGUGGAGGUCCUCAAACCCAGAAGAAUCGAAGAAGCUUUGGGAUGAGCUUCAGAAGCGCAAUGAGCAGCUGAUUGCUACUCUGAACGCCGGGGACGUCGAGCAUCUGCCUGAGAAGAUUACAGCUGUUCGAGAGAUGAUUAGACAAAUGGGUAGCGCCAGCGAAGUCCCCAUCGAGCCCGCUAGCCAGACAGAGCUCCUCGACGCCCUCAGCACCGUCGAAGGGGUCUACGGCGGUGUCGUCCCUGGUGCAGGCGGCUAUGAUGCCCUGGCUCUCUUGAUGAAGGACGAUGAGGAGACGAAGCAGCGGGUUGAGGAAUUCCUGGACAAGUGGGCCAAGGAGAAGGGUACAAAGGUCAAGCUACUCGGCGUUAAGGGGGAGAUGGAGGGAGUUCGCUCCGAGAGUCUGGACGUGUACGCCGGUUGGAUCUAAAAGAUUAGUAGCAAUCUAGAAUACAGUAGCGAGAAGCGAGGAUGGACGCAUGCGUGCAUGCAGGUCUUAGACGUCCAAAUGAAACAACAUGUCACUCUCCCCGUCAACGACAUUGUUCCAUUCACAUUCCUAAAGGACACCGGUGCAGUUUAGCCCAGAACCCUUGAUUUAGGGGUAUCGGCGGGAUAAGCUGAGAGCAAUAGUGUCGG